AACAUGCAGCUGCACAUUUCUAAAGGCUUCUUCCUGCUUCUGUCCUGCGUGCUGCUGGAACCAGUGUUCUCGGAGCAGCACCCGAUGUGUGACAUGAAGAACGACCUGGAGAAAGAGAAGCUCAUGUGCGAGGCCCAGAUCGAGAACAAAACAACAGGUUGCAGCGGUAUGUGGGACAAGCUCACCUGCUGGCCCAGCGCUGAAGUCGGAGAGGUGGUCACCAUCCCCUGCCCCAAGUAUCUGUUCUACUUCUCUGGAGACGUUCCUGCACGUAAUCUGUCAAAGACCUGCAAUGCGAGUGGCUGGAGCCCGAUUAGCAACUCCUACGCAUUAGACUGUGGUUACAAUCCCAACAGCACCAUGGACGACAAUACGGGAGACUUCUUCGACGCUGUCAAAGUGGGAUAUACCAUUGGUCACACUGCGUCGCUCAUCUCUCUGACCGUCGCCAUCAUCAUACUCUGUCUUUUCCGGAAGCUGCACUGCACAAGAAACUACAUCCAUAUGCAUCUGUUUGUGUCCUUCAUACUGAAAGCCGUGGCUGUUGUCAUCAAGGACGUCGUUCUGUACGACGUCGGUGAGACAGAGAAUUGCCAGUCGUCUGUGGGCUGCAAGGCAGUGGUGGUCUUCUUCCAGUACGGCAUCAUGGCGAGUCACUUCUGGCUGCUGGUGGAGGGCCUGUAUCUUCACGCCCUGUUAGCCGUCUCCUUCUUCUCCGAGAGGAAGUACUUCUGGUGGUACAUCCUGAUUGGCUGGGGAGUUCCAACCAUCUUUAUCUCAGCAUGGGUGAUUACAAAGGCUUUGUUAAAUCAUCCUGGAUGCUGGGAGAUAAUUGAUGACAGGCCUUGGUGGAUCAUCAAAACACCUAUUUUAGUCACCAUCCAGGUGAACUUCUUCCUCUUCAUUUGUAUAAUCCGGAUUUUGCGACAGAAGAUGAAUUGCCCUGACAUCGGAAGAAAGGAAUCCAAUCAGUACUCGCGGCUUGCGAAAUCCACGCUUUUGUUGAUACCUCUCUUUGGAAUAAACUACAUCGUUUUUGGCUUCAUCCCCGAGCACAUUCACCCACAAGUGCGGAUGGUGUUCGACCUUAUUCUGGGGUCAUUUCAGGGUUUUAUUGUUGCAGUCUUGUACUGCUUCCUGAACGGAGAGGUACAGGCAGAGAUUAAGCGUAAGUGGCGCAGAUGGAUGCUGCAGAGGUUCCUGGGUGCGGACACAAAGUACCAGCAGCCCUCCAUCGGCAGCAACGGCAACAACUUCAGCACCCAGAUCACCAUGUUGACCAAAAGCAGCCCGACAACACGGCGGGCGUCUGCGUGUCAGGAGCACCUCUCCGCCAUAUAA